AUGAUACCUCCAAACCUGAGUCUUAAAGUGCCAAUUCAAUUUUCUGUUAUUGGCAGUGAUAAAGUCAUACGAGUUGUUCCUGAGAGUGAGAGGGAAACACAGAUCCUGAGGGCUGCAUUCAACAGGCUUAAGGUGGACUUGUGGCAGCCCAGCAGCCCCUUCCACAUCGCCGAAGGUAGAGUCACCGACGUGCGAGUACCGCAGAACACGACGCGGAGCCUGCUGCCCUACCUCCAGCAAGCAAACAUCCAGUACACAAUUCUCAUAUCAGACCUGCAGGAAGCAAUAGAAAACCAAACUGGAGGAAGGUCCCAUAGGAAUCGAAGGUCCCUCUCUGAGUAUAACUAUGAAGUGUACCACUCCCUGGAAGAGAUUGAGGACUGGAUGCAUUAUCUGAAUAGAACUUAUUCAGAUCUUGUUCACAUGUUCUCUGUUGGAAAAUCCUAUGAAGGGAGACCACUGUAUGUACUUAAGUUAGGUAAAAGAUCACGGCCCUACAAGAAAGCUGUCUGGAUAGACUGUGGGAUUCAUGCAAGAGAGUGGAUUGGCCCAGCCUUUUGCCAGUGGUUCGUGAAAGAAGCUCUUCAGACAUACCAGACUGAUCCUGACAUGAGAAAGAUGCUAACUCAGCUGUAUUUCUAUAUCAUGCCUGUAUUUAAUGUGGAUGGAUAUCAUUUCAGCUGGACACAUGAUCGAUUUUGGAGAAAAACAAGAUCAAAGAACAUGAGGUUUCACUGUCAUGGUGUUGAUGCUAAUCGCAACUGGAAAGUGAAGUGGUGUGAUGAAGGUGCUUCAUUACACCCCUGUGAUGACACUUAUUGUGGUCCUUUUCCCGAGUCUGAGCCUGAAGUAAAGGCUGUUGCUCAUUUUCUUCGCAAACACCGGAAACAAAUAAAAGCCUAUCUGUCCUUCCAUGCAUAUGCACAGAUGCUGCUGUACCCUUACUCCUACAAAUAUGCAACCAUUCCAAACUUCAACUGUGUGGAAUCCGCAGCCUAUAAUGCUGUUAAUGCUCUUCACUCAGCCUAUGGUGUAAGAUACAGAUACGGCCCUGCAUCCAGCACUUUGUAUGUGAGUUCUGGCAGCUCUAUGGACUGGGCCUACAAAAAUGGCAUCCCGUAUGCAUUUGCAUUCGAGCUGCGUGACACUGGCCAUUUUGGAUUUUUGCUUCCCGAAACGCUGAUCAAACCAACCUGCACAGAGACCAUGCUUGCAGUUAAAAAUAUAACUCUUCACUUGCUGAAGAAAUGUCAUUGA